AUGGCCGCAGCAGACGUCCAGACUUCUCCCGCCGAGCCCUCGCCUGCACUACCCGACUAUCUUGUUUCGCCUAAUGCCGUCUUCGACGACGAGGGCGUACAGUGGCGGUAUGGAAGAGCGCCAGACUACAGCAAGACCAGGAAGGUCUGGGAAGAAGGCAAGAAGUCGAAUCAUGCCGCUGGUACCUUACCAGAAAUGGUCGAGAACCUCGUAAAGAACUGGGAAGUCGAGGCAAGUUUCAAGACGAAAUUGCAAGACUGGCGCACGAUCGACCAUGCCAACUACACCUUCGCCAUCAAUGGCGGGCCGCCACAAUCAGCUGAGCAUAUGCUCAAGGUCGGCACCUACAACGCCAUCAUUGCGCCGAAUGAGUACUACAGCCCCGUGAACUCGGAUUUUGCCUCUAGCCAUAAGACUUUCAAGCGUAUGAUGCCUACUUUUGCAUGGGAGGUGACCGAGGUCUACAGUGGCCCACCAAAAGUCGCUUUCAAAUGGCGACACUGGGGUGUCAUGAAGAAUGAUUACGUGGGUUUCAACGACAAGGGCGAGAAGAUCGUUGCCAAAGCUCAUGGCGGACCAAUAGAGAUCUACGGUGUUACUGUUGCACAAGUAGACGAUGCCGUCCGCUUGCAGAGUGUCGACACGUGGUUCGAUCCACUGGACAUGUUUCGACAGAUCGCUCCCAAAGGCAUCAUCAAUAAGACGGUCAUGAAUCGUAAGGUCGAUAUGGAGACUGCCCUCGAUGUCGAUGAUCUCGUGCAGACCAAUGGCGAUGCUAAGGCUGCAGAGGCCGAUGUGGCUGCUACGAAGGAGACUGAUCAUCCUGAAGCCGUCGCGCCUGGUGUGCCCUCUAAUGAUGGCAUCAAGAUAGCUGAAACGCAUAACAAAGAAGGUGCGAAUUUCCAGGAUCCAGAGGACCUCAUCCCGAAACACAUAUCGAACAGCAGUGGCCAGCCUGCGGAUGCCUUCGUACCCCAUCAGGGCGCCGAUACCGAGAAAGCCGCUGCCGACUCUAACCCUGCCGAAUCUGCGGCUCUGCAGCCUGUUCUGGAAGCUGCUGCCACCCAAGGAGCGAGCAUGGAGAUUUCGCACCCAGAGUCAAACUUCCAUGAUGCUCCUGAGCACCAGCCACAGCACCCUAGCAAUGACAGAACUACCAAGUCCGAGUCGAAGGAAGAGCCGACGGACGUACCUCGGUCACAAUAUUCUUCUCCUGUGACAGGGAAUGUUGAGGAUAGCAUCAAGCUUGGACAGACAGGUGACUUCACGGACGAGUCUCGUGAGAUCCGUGAUGCCGUUGACGAACAUCUGGAGAGCUCGGCGGAUCAAGUACAUCCGCAUGCGAAGGACAUGGAGAAGGCUGUGCAGCCUGAGGUGGGAGAAGCUGUAGCUGUACCGGCUGAGUCUGAGGAGACGAGAUUGACGCACGAGGAGAUGUCGAAGAUUGGAGCGGGCGAGUGUCCUUUCUUGAUGAACAGGGAAUGA